AUGUUUUGGCUGAUAUUUAUUCUAUCAUUAUUUUGUGUUUGUAAUGCUAUUCUUAUUACUAAAAUACAAAAUACUAUUAUAGUUGGUAAUAUCUAUAAUAAUUUACUCAAUGUAACAGAAGAUCAAUGCAUAUGUGAAAUGAUAGAAGCAAAUGAUGCAAUAUCUGCUUUGAAUUAUUUUUCAACAAAUCAAACUUGUCAAUUAUAUCGCUCAAAUAGCAGUACAGUUUAUGUUGAAUUUUCUUUAAAUUCUACUAUUAUAUUUCUUAAUCAAUCAUCAAUAUCAAUAUUAAAUAUUCAAGAAUAUCAAUCGAGUACGUCAUUAUCAACAUCGACAACAAUAUCAUCAACCUCACCAUCGACAAGACCAUCAUCAUCCACAUCAACAACAACAACAUCGACAAGAACAUCAUCACCAACCUCAACAGCAUCAAUAACAACCUCAACAACAACAAGUGCCAGCAACUCUUUUCUUAAUCAAAGUACUUACUCAACUGGCGUUAACCCAUUCUCAGUAGCUGUUGUCGAUGUGAAUAGUGAUAAUCAACCUGAUAUUAUUGUUGCAAAUGCAGAUGAUAGCACCGUCAGUGUUCUUCUCAAUGCAGGCAGUGGCACUUUUAAUGUUCAAACUACUUAUCCAGUUGGUAGUUAUCCAGUAUCAGUAACUGUCGUCGAUGUGAAUAGCGACAACAAAUCCGAUAUUGUUGUUGCAAACGCUGCCGAUAAUACCGUCGGUGUUCUUCUUAACGCAGGCAGCGGCACUUUUAAUGCCCAAACAACUUACCCAGUUGGCAAUAUCCCUCAAGCGGUAGCUGUUGUCGAUGUGAAUAACGACAACAAACCCGAUAUUAUUGUUGCAAACACUGGUAAUAACACCGUCAGUGUUCUUCUCAAUGCAGGCAGCGGCACCUUUAAUGCUCAAACUACUUAUGCAGUUGGCGGUGGCCCUCAAGCGGUAGCCGUUGUCGAUAUGAAUAGCGACAACAAACUCGAUAUUAUUGUUGCAAACACUGGUAAUAACACCGUCAGUGUUCUUCUCAAUGCAGGCAGCGGCACCUUUAAUGCUCAAAUUACUUAUCCAGUUGGUAGUUAUCCAUUAUCAGUAGCUAUCGCCGAUGUAAAUAGCGACAACAAACCCGAUAUUGUUGUUGCAAACGCUGGUAAUAACACCGUCGGUGUUCUUCUUAACGCAGGCAGCGGCACUUUUAAUGGUCAAACUACUUAUCCAGCUGGCACUAAUCCAUACUCAGUAGCUGUCGUCGAUGUGAAUAGCGACAACAAACCCGAUAUUGUUGUUGCAAACGCUGCCGAUAGCACCGUCAGUGUUCUUCUCAAUGCAGGCAAUGGCACUUUUCAUGCUCAAACUAUUUAUUCAGUUGGCACUAAUCCAUCUUCAGUGGCUGUCGUCGAUGUGAAUAGUGAUAAUAAACCUGAUAUUAUUGCUGCAAACUAUAGUUCGAACAACGUCAGUGUUCUCUUGCAUUGUUAA